UAUUAUCUAGUUUGUAAUCUUUCAAAGCCAGUACUUAGAAUGCUAUAUCAUGAUAUAACUGGCGAUGCUUCAUUGGCAAAUGAUCAAAUGAGUAAAGAGACGGAAGAAAGGUUACGUCUUAUGAUGCUAUUAGAACCUUCUAUAAUAAUUGACUUAAGGACUAUUAGUGGAUUCCAAGGGUCAAAAUUUGAUAUACUUUGGGACGAACUUGAUGGAUAUUUUAAUAAGCAUAAUAAUACAGUUGUUAAUGAACUUCGAACAGAUGCUACUCUAUCUAUAUCUAUUCGAGGGUUACGAGACAGAAUUAUUACUCGCCUAAAUAAAGGACCUCCUCUACCAAGUGAUAUUUUUAUUCCAUCAGAAGAUUGGAUAAGGUCGAAUUUUCACCAUCCAACGCCACUACCAAGGCUAUGCAGUACACUGGGCGUUUUAAUGUAAAAUAUAAAGUACAAUUUCGAUUGUUACGAAAAUUCAGUGAAGAUGACCAAACACCGGGAUUGUGCAUGUUUUAUCUCAGCAGAU